AGGCUGCGGAGGGCGAGUCGCUGACGUACGUGCGGACCCUGUCUGUCCUGGAGCUCCAGCUUCCACACUCUGACCUCAACCUCCAACCUCGUCCGUCCUCGUCCUGUACAACCCACACCACUUACCCCGCGCCGCCGCCGCUUGGCCAUGAAGUAGCUGCUGCCCCAGCCUGCUGCACCAUCAUCGUCGCCAUCCAGCCAUGGGCUUCAACUUCAACAUCUUCCGCAUCCUGGGCGACCUGUCGCACGCCUCGUCGCAGCUCAUCCUGAUCGGUGUCAUCCAUUCCAAUCAAAGCGCCGAAGGCGUCUCCCUCCUCACCCAGCUCCUCUACCUCAUCGUCUUCUGCGCCCGCUAUGUUGACCUUUUCUGGACCCGCUUCUACGCCAACUGGCACAUCUGGUGGAACUUUUGCCUGAAGAUCUACUUCAUCGCCACGACCGCAUACACCGUCUUCAUCAUGGCGCGCGUCUUCUCGCGCACCCGCGAGCGCGAAAAGGCUAUGAAGCUGGCCGUGUACGCGCUGGGCGGCAGCUUCGUCCUCACGCCCUUCACGACGUGGAUCUUCUCGAGCGAGCGCGAGCCCUUUACUCUCUUCCAGAACGUCUGGACCUUCUCCAUAAUCCUCGAAUCCGUAUGCGUUCUCCCACAGCUCCUCCUCCUGCGCCAAACCACGGUUCCCACAGUCCUCGACUCCUUCUACCUCACAACACUGGGCUCCUACCGCGCCUUCUACAUUCUAAACUGGCUAGUGCGCGGCCUCGGCCCGGAGCACAACUUCGAGCCGAUCCGCACGAUCUUCGGCGUCAUCCAGACGGCGCUAUACGUCGACUUCGCGUGGGUAUACUGGACGCGGCAGCGGGUCAAGCUGCGCGGGGGCGGCGUCGUCGACGGCGAGGACCUGCGCAAGGGCUGGCUGCUCGGGAAGGUGCUCAAGCUCGGUGGAGCAGGUGCUGGGGGUGGGGGUGUUGGACGCAGGAGCGUGGAUACCGACGCGGACGGCUAUGAUGAGGAGGCUGCUGGUCAAAGAAAUCCGCAGCGCGCGAACCGCUGGGGCGCCCGCGGCAUCUCGGUUUCCGCUGACGAGGGCGUGCUAGGCCGCGAUGCUGCGGCCGCGCAGCCGCUCACUGACCCCGCGGCGUUUGUGGACGACGACAGCGACGUCGGCAUCGGUGGCGAUGACGAUGAUGACGACGACGACGCGGGGAGGGUAGGGCGGCCGGGCUCGGCUGAGCGUGUGAGAGGUGCUGGGAGUGCUGCUGGUGGUGCUGGGGAAGUAGACGUGGGCGAUGGGAUUGAUCAGUGGCGGGACGAGGGCGUGCGGAGGGGUGUAUGAGGUUGAGGUCGAGUAGGUAUAUGAGUACGGUAUGAACGCUUUUUGUGUUUGUUUGGUUGCCGUUUCUACGUUUUCGUGGGGGUGUGGGGGGUUCUGGUUUCUGGAUUGGUUUUUGGCUGGUUUGGUCUGGUUGAUACACGAAUACGUAUAGGUAUAGGUAUAGGUUAGGUUAAGUCAGGAUAGAUAUACGCAUGUAUGUAAGGUAUGUAUGUAUGUAUGUAUGGUUAUGACAUCGCC